AAACGCAGCGAGGCUGCUGCCACCCGAAACAGGUCGAACUCGGGGGGUCUCAUGUCCUUGUCCGCCGCAGGAUGCAGCUUUCACGCCCGAGAACUUCUGUAUUCUUCCAUCUCCAAAGCCUUGUCGUCAAUCCGAAGCUCCACAGAACUGCGCAAAGCGCACGCGCUAGCCAUCACCGCGGGGCUCGACCGAUCCGCCUUCCUGACCGGCAAGCUCAUAAGCAAGUACGCGCGUUUUCGAGAGCCCGCCUCCUGUAUCUCCGUCUUCGACCGCGUUGCGCCCACCAACAAUGUCUACCCGUGGAAUUCCAUCAUCAGAGCACUUACCCAGAACGGCCUUUUCUCCGAAGCCCUUGGGUUCUACUCUAGGAUGCGGGACGUCGGUGUUCGACCCGAUGCGCAUACGUACCCUUCGGUCAUCAAUGCCUGUGCGGGCUUGGGCGAUGCCGAGAUGGGUAAGGCCGUUCACCGACGUGUUUCGGAAGCGGGGUUUGGCUCGGACCUGUACAUUGGUAAUGCUCUGAUUGAUAUGUACGCGAGGCUUGAUGACAUGGGCGAAGCCUGCCACGUGUUCGAGGAAAUGCCUCACAGGGAUGUCGUGUCUUGGAAUAGUCUGAUAUCGGGGUACAGUUCAAAUCAGUACUGGGAGGAGGCUUUGUGGUAUUAUAAUGAGUUGAAAAUGGAUGGGAUUCUGCCGGACUUGUAUACCGUGUCCAGCGUUUUACCUGCUUGUGGAGGUUUGGUAGCAGUGAGAGAGGGUCGAAUGCUUCACGGUUUGGUUGAGAAGAUCGGGGUGGAUGGAGAUGGCAUUGUGAGGAAUGGGCUACUCUUCAUGUACUUCAAGUUUGGCAAUGUUACGGAUGCUCGGAAAGUUUUUGAUGAGAUGGUAUUUAGAGAUAUUGUCAGUUGGAACACCCUGGUCUGUGGGUAUUGUCAACUGGGAUUGUUUGAAGACUCGAUCAAAUUGUUUAGGGAAAUGAUCACCACAUUUACACCUGAUUUAUUGACGUUCACCUCUGUUCUCCGUGCUUGUGGACACUUAGGUGACUUAGAAUUAGGAACUAAUAUUCAUGAUUACUCAGUAAGGAAAGGAAUGGAGUUUGAUACUAGGGCUAACAAUAUUCUUCUAGAUAUGUAUGCUAAAGGUGGCAAUCUACUUGCUGCACGUCAACUAUUUAAUAAGAUGAAAGAUAGGGAUUCUGUAUCAUGGAAUUCCUUGUUAAAUGGUUAUAUCCUACAUGGGUCAUAUGGGGAAGCAAUGCAGCUUUUUAAGAUGAUGAAGAUGGAAGAUGAACCUGAUUCUAUUACUCAUGUGAUGCUCCUAUCUCUAUCUACUCAGUUUGCAGAUAUUUACAUUGGGGGAGAAGUCCAUUGUCACAUAGUGAAGUCAGGAUUUGCUAUGGAUUUGCGUGUUUGUAAUGCCCUCAUAGAUAUGUACGCCAAGUGUAGUAAAUUGGAGGAUUCUCUGAGAAUUUUUGGGCUCAUGGAUAUGCGUGAUAUUGUCACUUGGAACACAAUUAUCUCUGCAUGCAUUCAUCAUCAGGAUUGUUAUUUAGGAUUUCAAAUGAUCAAUGCUAUGAGAAAUGAAGGACUGGUGCCAGAUGAGGCCUCGUUGUUGGGCAUAUUGCCAAUAUGUUCCUUACUUGCUGCUAAACAGCAGGGGAAAGAGAUACAUGGAUAUAUUUUCAGAUUGGGAUUCGAAUCAAAUGUACCAGUGGGAAAUGCACUAAUUGAGAUGUAUUCCAAAUGUGGCAAUCUAAAGAGUGCUGUUGGAGUAUUUGAGCUUAUGAAAGUAAAAGAUGUGGUGACCUGGACUGCACUGAUCUCUGCUUAUGGGAUGUAUGGUGAGGGGCAGAAAGCAUUGAAAGCUUUUGCACAGAUGGAAGUUGCUGGCAUCCUUCCUGAUCAUGUCGCUUUCAUUGCUAUAAUUUUUGCUUGUAGCCAUUCAGGUUUGGUGGAGGAGGGACUAAAUCUAUUUGACUGCAUGAAGAAUAAGUACAACAUAGAUCCUAGAAUGGAACACUAUGCUUGCGCUGUGGAUCUUCUUUCUAGAUCAGGGCAUUUAAAUAAGGCAGAGGAUUUUAUCCUCUCAAUGCCAUUGAAGCCAGAUGCAAGCAUAUGGGGAGCUCUACUUAGUGCUUGUCGUGCAAAUGGUAACAUGAGAAUUGCUGAACGGGUCUCGAAGAGGAUUAUUGAAUUGGAUACAGACAUGACCGGGUAUAAUGUUUUAGUUUCAAAUGUAUAUGCCUCGAUGGGGAAGUGGGAACAAGUAAGAUCAGUACGGAAAUCAAUAAGAUCCAAAGGACUUAAAAAAAGUGCCGGCUGUAGCUGGAUGGAGAUAAAGAAAAGGGUUUAUAUAUUUGGUACAGGGGAUAGAUUCUUCGAACAAUUUGAGGAGGUUUAUCAGUUGCUCGAUAUUCUAGGCAGUCUGAUGGCUAAACAAGGCUAUGUUCCUGAUUUGCAAUGUGUCCUGCAUGAUGUUGACGAUGAUGAGAAGAGGGACAUGCUUUGUGGGCACAGUGAAAGGCUCGCGAUAGCAUUUGGUUUGCUAAAUACAAAACCUGGAAGCCCCUUACAGAUAAUGAAGAACCUUAGGGUUUGUGCUGAUUGCCAUACUGUCUCCAAGUAUAUAUCUAAUAUUGUACAAAGAGAAAUUUUAGUGAGAGAUGCGAAUCGCUUCCAUCUCUUUAAAAAUGGAGCUUGUAGCUGUGGUGAUCGAUGGUGAGAGAUCCACUCAUUUAGUAGGUUAUUUUGCUUGUGUGAGUGAGGAUCAAUCUUUAGUGCCAUGAAUAUUUUUACAGAAAUCUUCCAGCUGGAGUUUGCCGCUAAGUUUUGCUUUAUCCACGUUGAUAACCAACAUAAGGGAACGCUCAUAUAGUUGGAGAAUUGGAGGCAGAGAAGAAGAAAAGGUUGGGAGGACUUCCUUUGGCAGAUUGUUUAUCAACGUUAUCAAGGAGAUUAUAUCCUUGGGAAAGACAGGUGGUGUAGGGAAUGCUCACUGAAGAAGCAGUGCAGAGACUUCGGUUACAGUGUAUGGCAUCCAGGUGGGCGUGAGAAAUGUGCCAGGCUUUGAGUUGGAGAUUCUCUUCAGGUUUUUUAGUCCGUAUGAGAUUCACGCCAUGACAGAGUCCGAAAGAGAGAAAUAUGGACAGAAGGGUGGCUCAAAUGCUGGAAUCUUUUAAGGUGAAACGGCUUGUAGCAUUGCCAAUGUGGAUGAGUACUUGAGUAGUAUAAUUUGCAGCAAGCACUUCCCUUGCAAUUCUAUAUACAUGAGAAGCACUCGAGCAAAACUAGGCAUGUGGAUUCACACAUUUGCGCCAAUUGGGAAAUGGUCCAAUGACGUGGACUGCUCUAAUUCAGUAACUGAUGACAAAAGUUUGUUAGGUGAUUUUUCAAGGACAGAUGAGUCGGGUGAUGUUAGAAUCGUGGUUAUUCAAUAUUAGUACACAUUAUGUUUGAAUAGUAAAUGAUGUUUGUGAAAUUUGAAUAUGGAUUGUAGACUCAAGUUACACUUAACUUGGAAAGUUAUUGGGACAGCUUGUUCGAGGCCAAAAAUUCUGACUCUAAACAAGUAUAGUUAAGCUGUAUGUAAAUGAACAUUAAUUCUGAUUUUCGAGGACAGAUGAGUCAGGUGAUAUUAGAAUCAUGGUCAUUCAAUAUUCAUACACAUUAUAUUUGAAUAGUAUAUGAUGUUUGUGCAAUCUAAAUAUGGAUUGUAGGUUCACUUUACAUGGAAAAGUUAAUGGGACAGCUUGUUCGAGGCCAAUAAUUAUGAUUCCAAACAAGUACAGUUAAGCAUUUUAGUGGGGAGAAAUCUGUGAUGACUACUCAGUCUUCUGGUGCAAAGUAUCUGAGUAGAAAUCUAUCUUUCUAUGCAAAAGACCUGAAGAGUCUGAGCAGUAGACUCAUUUUUCAGCACUGGAUAGCCAAAUUCUAUGCUGCAGCAACUAAACUCGGUUUCUGGUACAGAAAACUGAAUCUGGAGCGGACUAAAGUUCCCUAAGUUUGAAUUUUGCACCGGAAAACCUAGUCUUCUGUUGCAGAUUACUGUGGAAAAGCCGAGCCUCUAUAGUUGCAGAAACUGAGCUUUCUCAGUAUAAUUAUUGAGGGGGAUGUUUACAGCAGAAUUCAGAAAACUUGUCAAGAUAAUGCAUGUUAGUUUUAAAACUUUCAUUUCAUGCAUUUUAGUCCUAAAGCUUGUCACAGUCGUCCACUUUAAUCAUUCCUAAGUUCCAUUAGGUUUCACGGAAGGAAAAUCUAUAUGGCCCUUUUUAUUACCAAAGGUAUGCUUACCAAACUGGUUUGAUGUUUAUUCUGGAAAGCCUGUUUGGGGUCAGGUCUGAAUAAGAAGAUCAGCCCAAUGGAGAUGAAGGAGGUCUACUUGGUAGUUUUGUAGCCUUUGCGAGAAAGGCUGAGUUAGCACCACUGAAUUUUAGAAAAUGGCAUUAGAUGCCUAAAUUAAUUGAAAGAAAAAAGGACAUCAGGUGAAUUAUUUAGGUAAUCUAUCAUUUUGAAUAUAAAGGUAUUCAUGUUUGAUAAUGAAUGCUUAUUGUAAAAGUGAUGUUAUGUGUUUUCUCUCUAUAAUCUUGGUUUGAUUCUACCCAUACACAAGCUAUGAAGAAGAGGUUCGCAUCAUCCAUAAAUCCAAAUGGAGAAUUUACAAGUGAUCUAAAAGCAGCACAUUAUGAUCGCUCCUAAUCACUGUCACAUAAUGGGCACGUUGCUCUUUGGAAUGUAGAACGUUUCGGCUAGGUCCACUUACAGAGCAAAACAAAUCUGCACCACCAGGAAAAAGAGCUGUGUAAGGAUGGCUGCAGAGAAGGUAUUCAGUUCAUCUGCUUCUGAACUAGAGAUUUGUUGAUUUAAUCAUGCUGCAGCUUAGUGCUGUUCCUAGCUGCAGCAGAAACUUAAUUCUGCUGUUGAAAAAGAACUCGUGUCUGUUUAUUCUGCCGUAACAAAUCAAAGUCGUCUUGAUUUUUGGCCGUCAUUCCAAAGUCAUUGGGUUUGACAAUGAAAAUAAGAGAUCACAAAAGAGUCGAGUUGGGUGGAUCUGCAACAUAUGUUCGAUGCAGUCACCCUGAUAAAGGACAAGAUGCUGGUUAUGAAGCUGCUGGAGAAGCAGUUGUUUGCAUUCUCAUCUUUCUGAGAAUGGCAAGAUUGUGAAACUACUGGUCUUAAUGCUGCGUUAAGUUCUUUGUGUUCUCAACCUAUAAGAUUUUGAGAAGAUGCAAGAUCAAAUGAAAAUCAUGUCUGGCAUGUUUGAGAAGUCGUCAGCUUUCAACCAGGAUGAAAGUCACCACCAAGCACAGCAAAAGUAAUGGCUUCAAGCUUAUAUCGUUCUUGAAAUUCUCAGAAUGAGAUGGAAGAUAAGGUGUUUGACUUGUGAAAAGUAAAUAUAGGUCGGAGGAAUCCGUGGUCAUAACCCCACUGGCUUCGUCGUCCCUCGUUCACUUGCUUGAUAUCAUUCUUUGCUGGGAUGAAGUUUGUUUGAUGGAUUUUUGUCUGGGUGGUUUAAUAGGGAAUCUCUGUGUGUUAAUGUUAUUAAUAGAACUUAGUGGACUCGUGGUGGUUUACUA